AGCAGAAGAGAGAAGACAGCUGAGCUAGGGAUGGACGAACAGAAUAUCGACCCUGUAUGUUUGUUUAUCGCCGAAGCUAUUUUCCGGUCAACUCAUUCUGCUGCGGCGGCGAUAUGUCUCACUUGCCUUCCCCUGCUGUGUUUUCAGGGUUUGAUUCACGAGAUUUUCAAGCACGUCUGGACGAGAACAGCCCUCGAGCGGGAGAAGAACGAGCGCAAUGAGGCUCCUACGGACGCCGACUUGGUCAUUGUAGGCGGCGCCGGAACGUCGAAGAAGAAUCGCCCUACUUCCGCUAACUCCAAUGCCUUGAAGCUGAGCGCCGAGCUCAUCCGCAUUUUCAUCUCAGAAGCUGUGCAGCGUGCGGCAGCGAUCGCUGAGGCCGAGGGAGAGACCAAAAUUGAGGCCACCCACUUCGAAAGAAUUCUUCCCCAGUUGCUCCUGGAUUUCUGAGGUCUGCCAACUUCAACUCUUUGAAUGGACUGCUCCCUCCUUCAAAUUCCUGUCUUGUUUUGUCCCCCGAGUGGCACACCAAGCACAAAGACUGUUACUUUUGUUGUUUAGAUACAAGUGUUCCCAUUUUGUUUCAGGGCGGCCAUUGUUGAUUAUUCUCAUUUUGCAGGCCUGAAAAUGCUGCCGUCUUUAAUACACAUCAACAGAUUCUCUUCAAGUCACUAAAACCACUAGUCCGGCAGCGAAGAUCCCUUUAGGAAGGGGUCUCUGAUUAGUAUAGGCCUAUAGGGCAAGAACAAGAACGGGAGCUUCUUUGUCUUAGCAUGGUAACGUGAUUCAUUGGCAGUUUCCUUUUUCCCAUUUUCCAUACGGUGUGCUAGGCUCCAUUUUCUGUUCUUACUUUGACUCAAAAUGUGAACCUUUUUUCCUCCAACGCCAGUCUGUAGUCAGUAAUACAACGACUUGGACAUUGACUUCUGUCCCAAAUAUGGAUAUAUGCUUAACUGGGUGAUUGAGGAUUUUGCCCUAAUUGAGGAAUCCAUAGCUGCAAAAUCUUGUCAGUUGCAUAUCUGGUUGUGCAAAUUUGUAUGUGAUAUUUAACAUCUUACAAGUUCAAAACCCUAGUAGUACACAGUUUAGAGCAUCAUGAACCGAGUAAUAACAACGAGCUGGUCGAUCAUUCUGCUCGGGAAAACACAAGUUAACUGACAGACAUAGUAACUACAGAGUCCAGCAACAAGGAAGGCUUGUGCAUUAUUUGAUUAGUAGCGCCACUUUUAGAUCACUUAACUAGAUACUAGUGCUUAAGUUGAUCCAGCAUGACCCUCACAUCCUUGCUGUUGGGUCUCUGUUUAGGGUCCUCCAUGGUACAAAAACAAGCGAUCUUCAGCACCAGCAGCAUCUGCUCUUCAUACCCUUUCCCCAUCAGCUUCGGAUCAAUCGCCUGAGUAGGAUUCUCGGACGUCAUAACGUUCUUCAGCCACCUCACCAAGCUCAUCUCCCUGGUAUGCUGGAAAAACUCGUCGGAGGGAAGCUUCCCGAUCAGCAGAACCCCGAGCAGCACCCCAAAGCUGUAGAUAUCACACUUGUCGGUGAACUUCAACGUCUGAUGAUACUCCGGCGCAAUGUACCCGAUCGUGCCGGCCACAUUCGACGUCGUGACGUGUGUGUUGGCAUCUGGCAUCGACUUCGCCAGCCCGAAAUCAGCAAUCCGAGGCUCCAUGUCGUCGUCGAGAAGAACAUUGGCGGGCUUCAAGUCCCUGUGGAUUAUUCUUGGGCUGUGGUUGAUGUGAAGGUACUCGAGGCCGGCUGCGAUCCCGAGAGCGAUCUUGUACCUCGCCGGCCAAUCCAACUCUCUCCUCCCUUGAGAGACGUCUUCUAAUAUGUUCUGCAGGCUCCCGUUCUUCAUGAACUCGUAGACCAGGUAAUGGCAAUCGGGUCGGGUUACAUGGGCCAGAAGUGGUAGCAGGUUCCUGUGCCGGAUCUGGCCCACGGUGCUGAUCUCCGAUUUGAUCUGCCUCAUCUUCUUGUUCAUCUGCUUGGAAUCUUCGUCAUUCAAAUCGGUGGCGUCUUUGGAUGGUUGAAUCACUUUUUUGAUCGCGAUGAUUUUGCCGUCGCUUCCGGGCAGCUCUGCUCUGUAGACUUCACCGCAGCCACCUCGGCCGAUGAUCUCCAGUGAAGCCAGCCCGUCUUCUUUCUCCAAGAAAGCCAGAUCUUCCGAUUUCUUAAUCAUCGGGCUGAAGAUCGCAGGGCCUCCACCUUUCCCACCGCCGCGAAUUGUGGCCAGAAUCAUCCUGAACAGGACGCAGAACACGAAUCCUGAUAUGCUCCCGGCGAUGCCUCCGGCGAGAAAGCCGAGGAGCCACCCGGCCAGCUUCCUCUUCCCCUUCUUGUGCCGCCUGUGGGGCAUCACAGGUGAUGGCCCUGGAGCUCCGGCGCCGGCGUUCAUCGACGAUGUCGGGGCGGAAGCUGGGGAAUUGGAGCUGUUGUUCGGAGUUGCUGCUGUUGCGUCGUCGUCAUCAUCCUCAGCUAAAAUGUAGCGGCUCGGGUAAUCGGAGGAUCGGGACUUCACUGCCGCCGGCGGGUCGGAUUCGAGCUGCUGGAGGAACCUGUUCCCGGAGAGGUCGAGGAAUUGGAGGUUGCGGAAGGAUCGAAUCGAUUUGGGGACCUGCCCAGCGAAGAAAUUGUUUGCGAGGGAAAGAGUUUCGAGAUUGGGGAAAUGCUUCAGGAAGCUCAGAUCCCCAGACAAUUUGUUGGAGGCGAGAUUGAGGACGCGCAGCCGGAGGAGGGAGGAAACGCCGGGGGGAACUGUCCCGGAGAAUCGGUUGUUGGCGAGGUUGAGAAUCUCGAGCUUGUUGCAGUUGACUAAUUCAGAGGGGAUUUGGUCAGCGAGGCGGUUGUCGGGGAGGGAGAGCUCUUUCAGCUCGGUCAGCCGGCCGAUUGCCGGCGGGAGGGUGCCGGAGAGGGAGUGGGAUCUGAAGACCAGCCUGGUGAUUCUGAGCUCGUAGGUGUCGUCGUCGGCGGCGGGAGAGAUGCGGCGCUCGCAGAAGACGCCGUGGAGGUUGCAGGGGGAGACGGAGGUGUUGCGCUGCUGAGCGUUGAAUCCCAAGUCUCGGCGGAUGAGGGAGAUGGCGCGGUGGUCGGAGCGGUUGAGAUGGAGCCGGGCGUUGACGGCUGGGAUGACGGAGGAGAAGAGAACGAGGAGGAGGAGAAGGAGUGGUUUGUGGGGAACAGCCAUUUUGGUUGUAGGUAGCGACUGUUUGGGAAGGAACGGGGAUUCAGAGGUUAAUGUAGUUGGGAACUUGAUGGAGGAAUGGUGGCGGCCGGCUUGGUAAUUUGUAUUCUCAUUAUUUUCUCGUCUAUCAGUCAGCAGCAGAAGGCGCUAUCACCGCGUGGAAAAAAAUGGUUGCCAGACGGAAACCAAAUAUAAACAAGAGUAUAAAAUUCUCACGAGGAUGAGAUAUGAAUAUGGUCGGGUAGUGGGACGGGAAGCGGGUUUUUAAUUUCUUUGUUCUUUCUUUGACCUGAAAACCAAAAAGCUGGUUAUUGUACCCAACAAUCUCAGGAAUUUGUCUGAGUGUGGGCUCAUUUAAGAAAAAAAUACUUAGGAUAAAAUAGUUAUGUUAGAUUUUGAA